ACGCGACCCAGAGCGACUCGGAGCGGUGAAUAAUAGCUCUUGAAGCCUGCAAUUACAAAAAAAUGGCCUCCAAUAAAACUACAUUGCAAAAAAUGGGAAAGAAGCAGAAUGGAAAGAGCAAAAAGGUCGAAGAAGCAGAGCCUGAAGAGUUUGUGGUGGAGAAGGUGUUGGACCGCCGUGUGGUCAAUGGGAAGGUGGAGUACUUCCUGAAGUGGAAGGGAUUCACAGAUGCUGACAACACUUGGGAACCUGAAGAAAAUCUAGAUUGUCCAGAGUUAAUUGAAGCAUUUCUUAAUUCUCAAAAAGCUGGUAAAGAAAAAGAUGGUGCCAAAAGAAAAUCUUUAUCUGACAGUGAAUCUGAUGCCAGUAAAUCAAAGAAGAAAAGAGAUGCUGCUGACAAACCGAGGGGCUUUGCCAGGGGUCUUGAUCCUGAACGAAUAAUUGGUGCCACAGAUAGCAGUGGGGAGUUGAUGUUUCUCAUGAAGUGGAAAGAUUCAGAUGGAGCUGACUUGGUGCUGGCAAAAGAAGCAAAUAUGAAAUGUCCUCGGAUUAUAAUUGCUUUUUAUGAAGAGGGACUAACUUGGCAUUCUUGUCCGGAAGAUGAAGCUCAGUAAUUGUUUGCAUUGUUUUUUAAUAUAUAUGUAUAUAUAUAUUUAUAUAUAUAUGUAUCUAUAUAUAAUCUGGAUCUUGGUUUUUUGAUUUACUAGCGUGAAGAAAUAACUACAUUCUAAUGAGAAUCAAGUUUGAUAUGUUGGUUUGAAAGUAGUAUUGGGGGAGUUGUGAAUUUUCUAUUUUUUUGCAUCAGUAGCACCGGUUACUUCUAACAAGUUUUGAAAAAGCUUUCUGUAGUUGCUUCCUUCAUCAGCGAACAGUUGCCUUGGAGAACAGUUUUUAAAACAUUGUUCUCAGUGUCAGAACCUGAUUUCUCAACUCAUGCCCGACAACUGUUCUGGGUGGUUGUGUGUGUUCAUAAGAUACUUUUAUAACUGGUUUCUUUUUAAAUUUCUUCAAAGGA